AGCUGCGGGAGAAAGUUCACCUGGACCCGGAUCGAGCCCAGGACCAGGACCAGGACCAGGAUGGAGACCUCCCAGCAGACCCAGCACGGCCCCGGUGAGCAGGAGGAGGGUGGGGGGGCCGGCGGCUCGGGGCUGAACGGGCACAUGGACGCGCUGGAGAAGCGGCGACCCCCCGCGGUGCAGGCUCCUCCGGGGGCCGGCGGCUGGAGAGAGGAUCGCACCCGGAGCCUGGAGGACAACGAGACGUGUCUCCCGGCCCUGGCCGCCGCCUACACCACCAUCCUCCGGGGUCUGGGCGAGGACCCCCAGCGCCAGGGGCUGCUGAAGACCCCCUGGAGGGCCGCCACCGCCAUGCAGUUCUUCACCAAAGGCUACCAGGAGAAAAUUAUAGACGUGAUGAACGACGCCAUCUUCGACGAGGACCACGACGAGAUGGUGAUCGUCAAAGACAUCGACAUGUUCUCCAUGUGUGAGCACCACCUGGUGCCCAUCUUCGGCAGGGUUCACAUCGGUUACCUCCCCAACAAGAGAGUCCUCGGCCUCAGCAAGCUGGCCAGGAUUGUUGAAAUCUACAGUCGGCGACUACAAGUUCAGGAGAGGUUGACCAAACAGAUCGCCGUGGCGAUCACCGAGGCCCUGCAGCCAACCGGGGUCGGCGUCGUGAUCGAGGCAACUCACAUGUGCAUGGUGAUGCGUGGCGUUCAGAAGAUGAACAGUAAAACCGUCACCAGCACCAUGUUGGGAGUUUUCAGAGAAGAUCCAAAAACCAGAGACGAGUUUCUGACGCUGAUCCGGAGCUGAGGAGGAUGAAGCUCCUCCUCCUCUUCCUCCUCCUGUUGCCUGGGUUACCUCCACCUGCACGGACCAGCCAUCCUGCUAAAUGUGUGUCUGUGUGUGUGUGUGUUUGUAUGUGUGUGUGUGUCUGUGUGUGUGUGUGUGUGUCCACUGGUUUUACACGGUCAGAUCUGGUCAAACGUUACUGGACAGAGUUUGUCAGAGGUUGAGGACUUGUUGUUUACUUUCAGGCCACAGGACUUUAGCCCUUUUGUCCACGUGUGUGUGCGUGUGUGUGUCUGUGUGCGUCAAUCAGUUAUCAACCUUGUAACAAACCAAGAAAAAAAAUCCACCAUGAAACGUCACAUCAGGGACGUGGGUCAGUUUGUAUAAAAAUAAAAUCGCCUCUGAGAUUAUUUUCAUUUACAGCAAAUUGCAGCAUUUAACCACACAUUAAAAUUAGGUUUUCUUUCUUCAAAUGCACAUGAACUUAAAAAAACGUUAGAUAUUAAUCACUGGUUUUAUUCACCUCAAAAAUCAACAAAAUGUUUCAUCAACUCAGAAAAUGAAAGAUUUUUUUUUAAUGAUUUGUUUUGUUUCAAAUUUCCAACGCGUCUCCACUUCCUCCAGAAAUGAAGCCAAAACAUCUUUUUGCAGCGAUGACGUCACUUGCAGUUGUGUUUGUGUUAUGAUGAUGAUACAUUUUAAUGUUAUCAUCUCCGUCCUAUAUGAAGAUCUUUGUGCCAACUCGCCUCUCGAUUCAAACCAAAAACCGACUUCACCGUGACGCUGCCGACUCAAAACCUCCAGAUUCCACAAGAGGAAAAAGAAAAGUGUAAAAUUAAACGUUUGUGUGUGUUUUCUUCUUUACAGUUGUCGUCCCAGCAGAGGACACUGUGGAGGUGUGUGUGUCUUUGUGCUUUUUUUUAUCUCUAUAAUGUCCUCAUACAGAUUUUGGAAGGUUUAAACUGGAGUUGUGUGUGUGUGUCUGAGGGAAGAUGUUGUCGUGUCCGUGGCCUUGUUGAGAAGGUCGGCCUGUUUCUUUGGCCCCUUCACCAUCAUUGUCACUUUAUGUACUGUGUUGAUUUCAAAGACUUUUUAAUCAAAGAAAAUAAAUUUACUGUAUGUGACAA